GUUGUCGAAAUCACAUUGACAUCAAUCACGUGUCUUUAAAGCCAUGCGUUAUUCUGCGAGUAAUUGUUGACAAUUAUUCUUGAUAUAGUGGUUUUAAAUAAUAUUUAUUAUAAUGAUAGUAUUUUAGUGAAAAUUUUUUAAAAUGAUACAACAUAACUCCGGAUCUUAACUCAUUGUUAUAACAUUGAGGUUAAACUCCACACUUUAUUGUUUUGAUAAAUAUCUAAUUAUUGUUAUAAAAAAUGGUUAAAGAACAAUAUCGAGAGACCGACAUCGCCCGAAAAAUAUCUCAUGUAUCUUUUGGAGUUGAUAGUCGGCAUAACAUAGAACGACAAGCGCAUAUCCAUGUUGUGGCAAAAAAUUUAUAUUCGCAAGACAGUCAACACACUCCAGUUCCUUAUGGAGUAUUGGAUAGACGAAUGGGAACCUGUUCAAGUGUAACACCAUGUGAAACUUGUGGGAAAUCUUUAAAUGAAUGUAUUGGGCAUUAUGGAUACAUUGAUCUAGAAUUACCUGUUUUUCACGUCGGAUAUUUUAGAUCAGUUAUUGGAAUUUUACAAUCAGUUUGCAAGAAAUGUUCUCAUGUAAUGUUAUCGGAAAAAGAAAAAACAACUUAUUUAAAUCGAGUUUUGAAUCCAAACCUUGGAUAUUUAAGCCGGAAAGCUCUCAGAAAACAAAUUUUAGAAAAAGCAAAAAAAACAACAACUUGUCCUAAUUGUAAAGAGCUUAAUGGAACAGUAAAGAAAGCUGGACUUCUUAAAAUUGUUCAUGAAAAAUAUAAAUCGAAAAAAAGUAGCAAUCCUAUAGUUCUAGAAAAAUUAGCUGAAUACAGUACAGCUACAGAAAAUAAUAAAGAAUUAGAAAGCAUCAUUGAUAAUGGCCUGGUGACUAUGCUUAAUCCUCUCGAGGUUUUGGGAAUUUUAGAGAGAAUUCCUGUCUGUGAUAUACCUUUGUUAUUAAUGAAUUCAGAUUGUGCGAUGCCAAAAGAUUUAAUCCUUACUCGAAUACCUGUUCCUCCAAUUUGUAUAAGACCCAGUGUAUUAUCAGAUUUAAAAGCUGGUACAAAUGAAGAUCAUCUGACAAUGAAAUUAUCAGAAAUAAUAUUCUUGAAUGGAGUCAUUAGAAAGCACAGACAGUCUGGUGCUAAUGUACAAUCUUAUAACGACGCUUGGGAAUUUAUUCAAUUACAUUCUGCACUUUAUAUUAACAGUGAAAUGUCUGGAAUUCCUCUGAAUAUGCAGCCAAAAAAAUCAGGUCGAGGUCUAGUCCAAAGAUUAAAAGGAAAACAAGGCCGUUUUCGUGGAAAUUUAUCUGGAAAACGAGUUGACUUUUCCAGUCGAACUGUCAUAUCACCAGAUCCCAAUUUACGAAUUGAACAAGUUGGUGUACCAAUUCACGUAGCGAAAAUUCUAACUUAUCCUGAACGAGUGCACCCAGCAAACAUUGAACUUAUGAGGACUUUAGUCAAAAAUGGCCCUGAUGUCCAUCCAGGUGCUAAUUUUGUCCAAGAAGGAAGAACACAAAUUAAAAAAUAUCUUCGAUAUGGAAAUAGAAAUAAAAUAGCUCAAGAUUUACAAUAUGGUGAUAUAGUAGAAAGACAUUUGAGGGAUGAUGAUGUGGUUUUAUUCAAUCGUCAGCCGUCACUUCAUAAAUUAAGUAUCAUGGCUCAUAAAGCCAAAGUCUUAGAACACAGAACAUUCAGAUUUAAUGAAUGCGUUUGUACACCAUACAAUGCUGAUUUCGAUGGUGAUGAGAUGAAUUUACAUUUACCUCAAACAGAAGAAGCUCGAGCUGAGGCUCUUGUUUUAAUGGGAAAUAAAUCAAAUUUGGUGACCCCUCGAAAUGGAGAGCUACUUAUUGCUGCAACUCAGGAUUUCAUAACUGGGGGUUAUUUACUCACUCAGAAGGAUACUCUAUUAAAUAAAGCACAGGCUUGUCAAUUAGCUUCUUGUUUAUUAGCAGGACUUGAUGCAAACAUGACAAUUGAUCUUCCAACACCAGCUAUUUUAAAACCUUCCCAGCUAUGGACUGGUAAACAAAUUUUCAGUCUUAUUUUACGUCCAAAUUCAUCUUGUAAAAUAUUAGCAAAUUUAAAAACAAAAGGGAAAGCGUAUACUCAUGGAGAAGAGCUUUGCAUUAAUGAUUCUUUUGUAAUUAUUAGAAAUUCUCAAUUAUUAGCAGGGACUAUGGAUAAGUCUACUCUUGGUUCUGGGUCAAAACAAAAUAUUUUUUAUGUUCUUCUACGUGACUGGGGAGAAGACGCUUCUACAACAGCUAUGUGGAGACUAGCAAGAAUGACAAGUUAUUUUCUGAUGAAUCGAGGAUUCUCCAUUGGCAUUGGAGAUGUAACUCCAGGUCACGGAUUAUUGAGAGCCAAACAAGAACUGCUGACUGCUGGAUACUCCAAAUGUACUGAGUAUAUUAGAGAAAUGGAGGAAGGUCGAUUAACAUGUCAGCCAGGUUGUUCUCCAGAAGAAAGUUUAGAAGCAGUAAUCCUGAAAGAACUAUCAGUUAUUCGUGAUCAUGCAGGUAAAGCUUGUUUAAAAGAACUUCAUCCGAGUAAUAGUCCACUUAUUAUGGCAUUAUCUGGAAGUAAAGGAAGUUUUAUAAACAUAUCUCAAAUGAUUGCUUGUGUUGGUCAACAAGCCGUUAGUGGCCAUCGUGUACCAAACGGGUUUGAAGAUCGUGCAUUACCACACUUCCAACGGCAUUCAAAAAUUCCAGCAGCUAAAGGUUUUGUUGAAAAUUCCUUUUACUCAGGAUUAACUCCAACUGAAUUUUUCUUUCACACUAUGGGAGGUCGAGAAGGUCUCGUAGAUACUGCUGUAAAAACUGCGGAAACUGGAUAUAUGCAACGAAGAUUAGUGAAAAGUCUAGAAGAUUUAUGCCUUCAUUAUGAUAUGACUGUAAGAAAUUCUGUUGGAGAUAUAGUACAAAUUGUAUAUGGUGGAGACGCUAUGGAUCCUACAUAUAUGGAAGGAAAAGACUGUCCCGUUGAUUACAAACGAGUUUUAGAUCACGUUCGAGCAAAAUCUCCAUACAAAAAUGAAGAAACAUUAGAUGGUCCAAGUGUAAUAACAGCAACAAAUGAAUUGUUAAAUACAGAAGAGUAUUCUUGUUUAAGCGAAGAAUUUAAACUAGAACUAACAACAUUCUUGAAAUCUAUAUCAAGAAAGAUAACUCGACUGAGACAUAAUUUAUCAGCUAAACUACCAGUUGUUCAACAAUUGGAACGAUUAACUGUUUCCCAAUUGGUAGAAUUUAUUCAUACAUGUAAAGAAAAAUUCAUGAGAGCAAAAAUCGAACCUGGUACUGCUGUCGGUGCUUUAGCUGCUCAGAGUAUUGGAGAACCUGGUACACAAAUGACAUUAAAGACUUUCCAUUUUGCUGGAGUAGCUUCAAUGAAUAUCACUCAAGGAGUACCUAGAAUCAAAGAGAUUAUUAACGCUAAUCCCAAGAUUAGCACACCGAUCAUUACAGCAGCACUAGUAGAUGAUACCGAUCCUGAGUUUGCACGAAGAGUCAAAGGAAGAAUAGAAAAAACAACUUUAGGAGAAGUUACGGAAUAUAUUGAAGAGGUUUAUCUUCCAGAUGAUUGUUUCCUUCUUAUUAAAUUAGAUAUUGAUAGAAUAAAGUUAUUAAAACUCGAGGUAGAUAUUAAUUCCAUAAGAUAUUGUCUUUGCACUUCAAAAUUAAAAUUAAAUCCAAAACACGUCAAUGUAAAAGGUGAUUCCAUUUUAACUGUCACCCCCACUAGUGGAAAACACAGUUUAAAUCAUUCAUUGAAUUUAUUAAAAGAAUCUGUACCUGACGUCGUUAUAAAAGGCCUUCCAACAGUAAAUAGAGCGGUAAUUCACAAUGAUGAUUCGACUGGAACGACUAAAUAUAAAAUAUUCGUUGAAGGAGAUAAUCUGCGAGAAGUUAUGGUUACUCCAGGAGUCCACGGAAAUAAAACUACUUCCAAUAACACAAUCGAGGUUUUUAGAACUUUAGGUAUUGAAGCUGCAAGAACAACGAUCAUGACUGAAAUUAAAUUAGUUAUGGAAAACCAUGGAAUGAGUAUUGACAGGCGGCAUUCUAUGUUGGUGGCAGAUUUAAUGACUAGUAGAGGAGAAGUUCUUGGAAUUACACGACAAGGAUUAGCGAAGAUGAAAGAAUCUGUUCUUAAUUUAGCUUCUUUUGAAAAAACUGCAGAUCAUUUGUUCGACGCUGCAUAUUACGGCCAGAAAGAUGCUAUUUGUGGAGUAUCAGAAUCGAUUAUUAUGGGUAUUCCAGUACCAGUAGGCACUGGAAUUUUUAAAUUAUUACACAAAGCUGAAAAAGAAGAACCGAAGAAGAGAGAUUUGAUAUUUGAUGACCCACAAUUUCAUAAAUCUAUAGCUUCUUGAUAAAUAAUUCCUGUAAUUUUUUUAUCAAAUAAUAUGUCAUUAAAUACUUGCUGUAAAUUAUGUUUAAAUAUAUUGA